AUGGCAGAAGAGUUCGGGCUCGAUCAGUUCCACUUCCGUCGCGGCCAGUGCUGCGUCGGCCACCGCGAGUUCGGCGGCGGAAGGCUGCGUGGAGGUAAGUUGGUUCCGCCGUGGAAUUGCACGCGGAAAUCGUUGGUGGCCGGGAAUCUUCCGGACGGCGUGGGAAGAGUGUCCGCCGAGGUGGAUGAUCAAGGAGCUCGUCGUCUACGACGUCCGGAGAUGAAGGGCUGUGGACAAGAGCGUCGUUGCCACUCGAGGAUUGAACUGAGAGACCAGGUCGGCGUCGAUAUCGAGGAGGACCGGCUCGACCACGGCGCCAUUGUCGACGCGACGCCG